AGCAACUUGGAACUAGCAGGUAUUAGGCACUGGCAACGCGCUAUCCACCUGCCGUUCCUCCGCCCCUGGCUCCUCCCUCCUCUCCCGACUCCUCCCUUCCUCCCAGCAGCGGCUCCGUGCUUACAGGUCCGGACAAGAUGAGCGGGCGCGUUGGAUUCUAUAAGCAAGAGCUGAACAAGACGGUGUGGGAGGUGCCGGAGCGGUACCAGCGUCUCACCCCCGUCGGUUCCGGUGCCUUCGGCUCUGUUAGCUCUGCAUUUGAUACCAAGACAAGACAAAAGGUGGCAGUAAAAAAGCUCUCCAGGCCAUUUCAGUCAUUAGUCCAUGCAAGAAGAACAUACAGGGAAUUGCGGCUGCUCAAGCAUAUGAAGCACGAAAAUGUUAUUGGCUUGCUGGAUGUUUUCACGCCAUCUACUUCAGGAGAAAAUUUUAAUGAAGUGUAUCUAGUGACAAAUCUAAUGGGAGCUGACCUCAAUAACAUUGUAAAGUGCCAAAAGUUAACAGAUGACCAUAUCCAGUUCCUUAUAUAUCAGUUACUUAGAGGCCUCAAGUAUAUACACUCUGCUGGAAUUAUCCAUAGAGACUUGAAGCCCGGCAAUUUAGCAGUAAAUGAGGACUGUGAAUUAAGGAUUCUAGAUUUUGGCUUGGCACGGCAGGCAGAUGAUGAGAUGACUGGGUAUGUUGCAACAAGGUGGUACAGAGCUCCUGAAAUCAUGUUAAAUUGGAUGCAUUAUAAUCAAACAGUUGACAUUUGGUCAGUCGGAUGCAUCAUGGCAGAGCUACUGAAAGGCAAAGCUCUCUUUCCAGGAAAUGAUUACAUUGAUCAAUUAAAAAGGAUAAUGGAAGUAGUCGGAACACCCAACUCCGAAUUUCUCAUGAAGAUAUCAUCAGAACAUGCUAGAAGAUACAUUGAAUCAUUACCAUAUAUGCCUCAUCAAGAUCUAAAGGAGGUGUUUCGCGGUGCCAACCCACUGGCGAUCGAUCUUCUUGAAAAGAUGCUAAUUUUAGACAGUGAUAAGAGAAUAAGUGCUACCGAAGCCCUGGCACAUCCUUAUUUUGUACAAUAUCAUGACCCAGACGAUGAGCCUGAGGCUGAACCUUAUGACGAAUCAACGGAAAAUAAAGAGCGCACCAUAGAUGAAUGGAAAGAGAUUACGUAUGAAGAAGUCAUUAGCUUUAAAUCUCCUGAUGUUAAAAUUGAUAACUUGGAGAUUGAACAGUAAGCACACUUAACUGGACAAUUCUGCAUCCUGAAAUUCAUGGCUUUAACAUGGUUCAGCUGACCAAAAAGACUUCAGCUGCUUUGUAAUCGGUUUGUUCUCUGCCUUGAAUGUAGGGAAGCCUAGUUUCAUUUAUAUUAUCCUUUUAAUGACUGUACCUGGGAUAAAUCAAGGGAACAGCUUCGUUUUCUGGAGCCCUAACAACCCCUGAGAUACUUUUUUUUUUGAGCCAGAUUCCAGCGCUGCCUGAAUCCUUACUACAUGAUAUCAAAUGCUUGGAUCUGUGAAUCCAAAAGAAGGAAGGUUUCAAUAAAUGAUGUCUCUGUCUUAGAACAACCUGAGAAAUCCAGCGUUCACUUGUUAUGCUAAACAAUAAUACCGACUGCAGCAUCACCCUCCUCACUCCUCACAAUGUCAUUGCACAAGACUCCAGGGGAUAUUCAACAGAUUGUCUUCCUCUCAUCUUAUUGUGUGUUGUGCCACUUUCCUGCCACUAGUGUUAUGUGCCUUGCCAGGCUGUGACACUUUGUUCCCAAGUGUCACAACAGGGAAUAGUUCAGGCUGUUAUUGACUUGCAUUUUUGUGCACCAUUCAAAGUCAUGUCAGCCACACUGUUAUUUUUGGUACUUAAAUGACAUUUCUUUCAGUUUUGUUUUUAUUGUAUCCUCAAUAAUGAAUCGGGCAAGCUACACUUUUGUUGCAAAUGUUCCACAAAAUCAUAAUAUUGUCCAUGAGCCAUAAGCCCCACUCCACACACACCUUUUUAGAUUGAUUUAUUAUUGGCCACAAACCAAUGACCAAGAGAUCAUGAAAUGAGAAGAUCGAAUGGCAUUAAGGGGUAGGGUAUAGGACAGCGAGGGAUAACAAGGAGCAGGAUUUCAGAAAAUAAUGAAUUUGGUACCUACAGCUCAGAAUGUUGUCAUGCAGUGAGUUAAAAUAUCCCUUGUUCUUCCCCUUAACGCUCUCUGUUCCAACUCGUGAAACCACUGAAUAAGCUUCUAUUCAUCAUUUGCAGUGAGGAGGGGUUAGAAUGAAACCAUUUCCAUUACUAUAUAUUAGGAAAUAAAAUACCCCAAUGACUUGUAUCUAUCAAUACCUGUAAGUACAUUCUUCACAGUGGUUAAGUAUUAAUGUAAAGGGAUGAGUUCCAUAUUUUAACUACCUUUCAUUGUCAUACCAUGAAUCCUACUGCAUGUACAAUUACAGAAAGUCAAAGUGUUUCCCAGGGAUGUGCGUGUUCUUGUGCAUGUUGUCCUAAAAUAUUAAGCCAAAACACUGAAGGGAUCUGAAUGUAAAGUAUACAUAUAUGUGCAAAAGAUGUGUUGUGUUUUCUGCAAAAUGAGAUUCUCUGCCUGCUUAUAUUUAUAGCUGGUGCCUUCAUGAGGUGAGAGGUAUGAUAAUGAGAUCAAGCUUUCCAGCUCUGUCUGUUUACAGUUUAUCUGGGUGCUGAUUUCAGCUAGGAGAAGUCUGCUAAUAUUGUAUUUGUAAUGCUGCCAAUAAAGAUGAUGCUUUUAA